CAGUCCCCGCGCCUCAAACACUUGCCGCGAUCGCUGGCGCGCAGCGUCGCCCAGCAUUGAGCGCUCGUCCCUCCCUCCUUCUGCUCUGAAGCUCCCGCUCUCUGGGACAGUCUCCAGCGCCCAGCGCGGACCGACGCACCGACGGACUGCCCAGGGAGCCUCGGCCCGCGCCCCCUGCGCAGGCUAUGUGGAUUGCCCCGCCGGGCCCGGCCGGCGGGGAUCAGCACAGCCCGGCCCGCGGCACCCGCCACCAGCGGGGACUAUGACCCGGAAAGCGCGGCGCUGCCUGGGCCACCUCUUUCUCAGCCUGGGCAUAGUCUACCUCCGGAUCGGUGGCUUCUCCUCGGUGGUAGCUCUGGGUGCGAGCAUCAUUUGUAACAAGAUCCCAGGCCUGGCUCCCAGACAGCGGGCAAUCUGCCAGAGCCGGCCGGACGCCAUCAUCGUCAUAGGAGAAGGCUCGCAAAUGGGCCUGGACGAGUGUCAGUUUCAGUUCCGCAAUGGCCGAUGGAACUGCUCGGCGCUGGGAGAGCGCACUGUCUUCGGAAAGGAGCUUAAAGUGGGGAGCCGGGAGGCUGCCUUCACCUAUGCAAUUAUUGCUGCGGGUGUGGCCCAUGCCAUCACAGCUGCCUGCACCCAGGGCAACCUGAGCGACUGCGGCUGCGACAAGGAGAAGCAAGGCCAGUACCACCGGGACGAGGGCUGGAAGUGGGGUGGCUGCUCUGCCGACAUCCGCUACGGCAUCGGCUUCGCCAAGGUCUUCGUGGGCCGGGAGAUCAAGCAGAAUGCCCGGACCCUCAUGAACUUACACAAUAACGAGGCGGGCCGGAAGAUCCUGGAGGAGAACAUGAGACUAGAGUGUAAGUGCCAUGGUGUGUCCGGCUCUUGUACCACUAAGACGUGCUGGACCACACUGCCACAAUUCCGAGAGCUAGGCUACGUGCUCAAGGACAAAUACAAUGAGGCCGUCCAUGUGGAACCUGUGCGAGCCAGCCGAAACAAGCGGCCCACCUUCCUGAAGAUCAAGAAGCCCCUGUCCUACCGUAAGCCCAUGGACACUGACCUGGUGUACAUCGAGAAGUCACCCAACUACUGUGAAGAGGACCCAGUGACAGGCAGCGUGGGUACGCAGGGCCGCGCCUGCAAUAAAACAGCCCCUCAGGCUAGUGGCUGUGACCUCAUGUGCUGCGGCCGUGGCUACAACACGCACCAGUAUGCCCGGGUAUGGCAGUGCAACUGCAAAUUCCACUGGUGCUGCUAUGUCAAGUGCAACACGUGCAGCGAGCGCACGGAGAUGUACACAUGCAAGUGAACAGCGGUCAUAAGUCAGACCACAGGCAGGACACAACCUCCCUGUAGGCCACUGCCUGGGUGCUCAUACGGGGAACCACAGAAGCACUGUCCUUGUCUUUUCUGCUGAGGGGGAUGGGCAUUCUGGCUUUCCUGCAGACUCCUGUGGGAAGCAUCUCUCAGAGGCUUCGCCCCUCCUAUCUCACACGGAUGCUGCUGGGCCUCCCUCCCCCAGAUACUGCCCGAGCUGUUCCACGGCUGGAAUAAAGUUUUCUUCAGCAGGAGCCCUGGAGCCUCGGGCCUCGUCAUAGCAAUAUUUAACAAUUUAUUCUGAUAAGAAAUAAUAUUAAUUUAUUUAAUUAAAGAGAAUUCUUCCACUUCGUCGGGAUCCGUUUUCUGCAAUCAAAGUGGACUGCUUGAGGUCCUGGUGGGAAGGCUGCCGCUAGGACUGGGAGCGGAGAACAACUGUACAUAGUCAUUCUUUAUGCAGAUGUUUCUACUAGUUGAUUUUUCAAGUACCCUUCUGCAGUGCUAGGUGUUAAGUACAAAGAGAAAAUGGUCUUUAUACACAUAUAGAUAUAUAUGCCCACACAUUUGUACUUUUUCGUUUUGUUUUUGCUGUUUGCUGCUACCUAUCCAGAAUCUAAGCUGGUCCAGAUCUGGAGCUGUUUGUCUGCAGGACACACCCUCAUUCUUUUUUUUUUUUUUUUUUUU